AUGCAGACUACAGUCUUUGACAAAGCUUGUGCCUUGGAGCUUCUAGAAUUUGCGAACCCUUUUCUUGAGGAAAAGGGUCUUUCGUCACACUCAUGGGCCAAAAUGCCUAAUCCUGCUUGCUCCGCUCCCCUCCUUCGAGUAUGGGACAAAAACUCUGGCAGUCAUCCCGAUCAAUCAAAUAGAAUGCUGGCUCGUUUGCCCCGACAGCGGUUGGGUUCGCGAGAAAGUCGAGAAAAGUCACUAGCCACACAUGCUGCCUAUCAGAUAUGGGAGCCAACGCCAUUCAUAUCCUUUACUGCAUCAGUAUUAGGUCUGCAAAGAUUCCUGUCCAGGAGAAAGGGGCCACGGUUCCCGCGAACACUUACGGUUAUCAAUCCAAACGUUCGCAUCGCCAACGGUCUACCGAUACUCGAAAUGGAAUCAGAACUAAGAUAUUACGAAGUGCAGGACCCAUAUAGAAGGGCGUAUUCUUUCUAUAAAGAUGAAUAUCUCUGUCUUUGGGAGGUUACGCCUGAUGAGGUCGUAGCACACUGGGACUGGGAUGACCUUAUCGAGGACGUUCAUUGGUACGAGGACAAAAUACUACCUGCUUUCAAGGAGCACAACGAUCGCUUCUUACGCAGAAGUCAGAUUGAGACGACUUUUGAUAUGUCAACACUGCAAAGUGCUUUGCCCGGCAUGUUCUCUUUCUCAGUCAACAGAGACGAACUGUCUGGGUCAGACCUGGACCAUUCUCCUGAAGCAGACUCAUUUCCAAAUGAAAAUUGGAGUUUCUCAAGCGAGGAGGAGAAUUGGCAGGUUGAAGAUGACACUUAUUGGGACACAGACGAUGAAGUGGAGGAGUCCAACGCGAUUGAUGAUUCAUAUAAGAUCCUUGAAGGCGACUGGUGA